UUAGCUGAGCUGAUGGUUUUGAGGUUAUGUUAUGAAAUAUUUUAUUUAGAUUGUAUUCGAUUUUGAUGAUCCAUCCUACCAAAAUCUUUCAGAACGAAGGAAUUAGCUAAUAAAAUGCUAUUCUUGCGCCGUUCGUACCGCUGGGUGAAACCGAUCACGUUAAAAUCGUACCAAAAAUGCCAAUGUUAUACUGAUUCACCGAGACCUACAUUGAUGAAGGAGAAAUUAAAACAGGGGCCUGGUUUGAAAGAAUUCAUUACUGGAUCAUCUGAACCAGUUCUUACUGAACUUCCUCACAUACCCUACUUGCCAGAUAAUAUCCAGGAUACGUCAAAACGGAAAGUUUUCUUCGAUGUGUACGGUUGUCAAAUGAAUUUGAAUGAUACAGAUAUUGUGUGGUCUAUACUGAAGAAGGAAGGUUUCGAGAAGACGGACGUCGAGGAGGAGGCUGACAUUUUUCUGGUAAUGACGUGUGCUAUAAGGGAAGGUGCAGAGUCAAAGGUUUGGCACCGUUUAGACCAUUUAAGAGGGUUCAAGCGUCGUCGAGCUCAGUCAAGAUUUAACAGGACACCAGUGAAGAUAGGACUACUUGGAUGUAUGGCGGAAAGACUAAAAGAAAAGCUGAUAGAGAAAGAAAGAGCAGUUGAUGUUGUGGCUGGUCCAGACAGCUAUCGUGACCUUCCUCGCCUCCUGGCACUGACGGAGAGUGGACAGACUGCAGUCAACGUGUUACUGUCAUUGGAUGAAACCUACGCUGACGUGGUACCUGUGAGGCUGAACCAGGACAGUGUCUCCGCAUUUAUCUCAAUAAUGCGCGGUUGCGACAACAUGUGCACGUAUUGCAUAGUGCCGUUCACGCGAGGCCGAGAGCGGUCGAGGCCGGUGAGCUCCAUCGCGGACGAGGUGCGCCACCUCGCGGCUCAGGGGGUCAGGGAGGUCACGCUGUUGGGGCAGAACGUGAACAGUUACCGGGAUGUCUCGCGGCUGACGGAGAAAACGGAUACGCAGAUGGCGAAAGGUUUUAAAACAGUGUACAAAAACAAGAAAGGCGGUCUCAGGUUUGCGGAUCUUCUGGAUCAAGUGUCUUCUGUGGACCCUGAGAUGAGAAUACGGUUCACAGCAGCUCACCCCAAGGAUUUUCCUGAUGAGGUGCUCCAAAUAAUAUCUGAACGUCCCAACAUCUGCAAGAUGCUGCAUUUACCAGCACAGUCUGGCUCCAGCGCUGUGCUGGAGAGAAUGCGGCGCGGUUACACCAGGGAGGCUUACCUGGAGUUGGUUGAACACGUUUGCAGGACUAUUCCGGGAGUGGGUUUAUCAACGGACAUGAUCUGCGGUUUCUGCGGCGAGACUGAGGAGGAGUUCCAGGAGACGCUGUCUCUGAUGGAGAUAGUGGAUUACAAUAUGGCUUUCCUGUUCCCUUACAGCAUGAGAGAGAAAACUUUGGCACACCGCAAAUACAAAGACGAUGUGCCCGAAGCUGUGAAAAAAGAUCGACACAACCGUAUGAUAGACAUAUAUCGGCGAAAAUGUCAACUGCUUAACGAAAAAGAAGUAGGGAACACCCAUUUAGUUCUUAUUGAGGGUACUAUUAACAAAACUGGCCAAAUAAUGGGCAGAAACGAACUGUAUUUGAAAGUGGUGUUCGACAAAAUGGCGGUUCAAAAUCAAGAUGGCGGCGAAACUGUUCCGAAACCGGGCGACUAUGUGGCUGUGAAAAUUAUUGGCGCGAAAAGUUCUGUGCUGAGCGGAAUUCCUUUGUAUCAUAGUAGCAUUAAAGAGUUUUAUAGCGAGAAGAGUUGGGGUGAAAGAGCUGUAUUGUAAUUUUAUGGAAAUAAAUUAUUU